AACGGUGAGAAUGGAAAGAAGCAAGCAGUAAUGAGUUUGUUGGCAUAGAAAAACUAAGCCUGCGAGAGAAAUUCAGCAUGGGCAGUGUGAAAUACAGACCUGUUUGCUACGAGGAGCUGAAGGCCUUGGUGGAAUCCAAGAGGCUUGCUUCUGCGUACAUUGAGGGAAAGGUUCGACAGACUCUGCAUGCGGCAAAGGUGUCCAGGGAGAUCACUCUCCUGAGGCAGCACAGGCAGGUGUGGAGCCAAGAGCAGGCCAGGCUCACACAAGCCAGGGAAAAGGCAGAGGCAGAGCUUCAAAGUUUCCUUGGACAAGCAGAAAUGGACGGGGGGUGUCUGUCCCAACUGCUGGACUACGAGCUGCUUUUGGAGAGCGAGCGGGGUGAGUUCAGGACGGCCACAGUGAACCCUGUGUGGCAACUGAUGGAAGAUCUGCGCUGUAGGCUGGCCAAGCUGGGCUGUGACACUCUACAGCGCCCCCAUCAGGCUCAGGAAUGGGGGCUGGUUCUGCAGCAAGUGCAGUCGGUAAAGGACCAGCAGGCAGCCAUUGUGGAAAAGCUACGGGUGGAGUAUCAGGAACUGGAACAGGAGAUCUCUGUUCUGGGAAUAGAGGAGCGUUUGACCCUGAUGCGUGAGUCUCCCAGUGACCCAGAGCCAAUUCCAGAUGAGAUCCUGCAUUCGGAGAGCCCCUAUCCUGACCUGAAGGCAGCCCUGCUGCACGAAUUUAUGAGCCUCUCCAUGCAGUAUGGUGCCAGACUUGAGGGUGUCAGGAGCCGUCUUGGUGACACGGACAGGAACUGCGGAUGGCCUGCCGAGGACCACUUGGUGUUUCAGAUGGUCGUAAGCCAGUACCCUCCUGACUUGCCGAAGCACAGAGCCUUGUACAUGGACAUGCUUCAAAGGCUACUCCCCCACAGAUCCAGAGAGGAUCUGAAUGACCACGAGCGGCUUUGGGAUUGGUACCGUUUCACCCAGGCCCAGGAGCGGGCGGUCCUGCGGAGCUGGCGGCGGGAUCGGGCUGACCUCUUGGCCAAAAGCCUGCUGACCCUGGAGGAGUCUUGGCUGGCUCACCAGCAGGAGCAGGCUACACAGAGCGACCGCAUGAGACGGCAGGAAAUCUGCACCCAGCUGAGGGAGAAGCUGCAAGAGUGGCGUGCUCACCAGGAGGAGGUGGCCCAACUGGAGGCCGCCUUGGCCGCUAGCAGGCAGCAGGAGGAGGAGGAGAAGCUGAGGAGGAAGCAGGAGCGAGAAAUGGCACGGAGGACCGUGCAGAAAGAGAGGAUCCAAGAACACCGUUGCGAGAAGCAGAGGAGGAGGGAGGAGCUGGAGAAGCGGAAUGUGGAGAGACUGGAGCGGCUCAAAGCUCUCAUGGCCGAACAGGCCAGGAAGGACAGGGAGAGGGUGCAAUUUCGGGCGGGAAUCCUGCUGCAACGUAGGGAGGCCAGGGAGGCGCAGGAGCGGCAGCGACACCAGGAGGAGGAGGAGCGACAGCAGCGUCUGGACUCGCUAAGAAGUCAGGUGGCAGUGCUGGCGGAAGCAGACCCGGCGAGGAUGAUGGGAGACACAGAGGCCUCCAAGAACCGGCAUCACAUGGAAGAGGAGUUUCUUUUGCAGAAACCUCUUUACGACCUUCACACGUACACGGACACACAGAUCAUGGCCGAUCCGAGAGUUCGGAUUGAAAAAGCUCUGAGGGAAGCUGGCCUCCACGAAACGCUGUAUGCUAAAGAGGUCCUAUCCAGUGUCCGUCCGCCGAGACCGGCCCGCAGGGACACCGAGUCCACCGCCUUCAGCUUCUAAGCUCCACCGAGAAAGCCUGUCUACGCUCUGACUUUACUGAAUUGAAAUACCGAAGUAUGUUACAUUGUCUCCGCAUACAGGACAUACAUUUAUUUAAUUAGCCAAGUCCACCUGUAUUUCUGUAUCUAGCUGAUAGAUAAAGUUCCCGUAACAGAACAGGAGCGUGGAGACCCUCUUAAUUCAGCUCUCUUCCACAGUGCUUACGGCUCGUGCCUGGCGUUUGUGAGUGAUGGUGAGCAAUAAUAAGCUGAUAAAUGUUGUACGUGUUUUUGGGAUGAACAACAAUCAGGAGUGAAUAGGGGUUGGA